CACCGGUAGAGACGCCAGCAACAUCAAUGCCCCCCGUCGAACUGCGUUUGGCAGUGGCGACAGCGCCACAAAUUGAAGAAGUGGCAGUAGCGGGUGUAAAGCAGGGGGAGGAGUUAGAGGAAAUUCUCCCUGUAGAAGCGGAGUUGGUGUCGGCGCAAAAAGCUGCAGCUGCAGGCGACAAUAGCUGCCUAACUGAUAGCACAAGUGAUAUUGCGCCAGUUGUUGUUCCGCCACAGCAGUGUACAACGCAGCAGAAUACGACUGUAGCAACAGCAGCUGUGCCAACAACAACACCAACAGCAACUCAUACGCCUACUAGUAGCCCUCUUGCGAACGGUAAUAAUAAUAGUCUGCGCCGUAAGAACGGCAACUUUAAAGAAAGUCCAAAAGACGGCGCUACUACUACUUUAACUAAAGGCUUGCCGAACCCUUGUUAUACCCUUGGUCGCAGCAGUAAGCCGAAAGUUAAUUUGAAAAUGCGCUUCAAGGUUGCCAAACGUAUUUGUCAGCGUCGCUUGCGUCCGAAGGCUGUCGAUGAAAAUUAUCCACAACCGCACGAAGUUACAGAAGGUGCCUUACAAGUAUGGCGUGCGCUGCCCGAGCGUAUACGUCAGGAUCCGAGCUUAGCAUCGUUUCGCAUGGAACAUGAGCGUCUACAUGGCGACUUAGACCCCUUGCCUUCGCCGGAUAUGCCUGAACACUAUGUUAAGGCGUCGAAUGCUUUUACCAAGGUGGGCAUCAAUGUGACCAAUGAGCUGGGACAAGUUCGCAUACUGGAAGUUAGGGACAUGGAAAAUAAUGCCGACGAUCAUCAUGACGAGCACGAUGAACCACAUUCGCGUAGGAGGAAAAUCCUGAAGUGGUUUAAAAUUUCCGUGCUGUUGGUAGUUUGGGCUGUGUUUACUGCAUUCCUAAUGUCGAAUACCGAACAUGUCGAUGAACUCAGACUGAUUAGUGUUCCUAGGAGCGGUGAAGAGAAAUUAUUCCCCGUAACGACCGCCACGCUAUCGCGUCUUGGACUGAAGCUAAAGGGACCUUUCCGUCAGCAAGAAUCCUCCGAUUCGGUUGGCAAAAACAAAAGUACCUACUCAGCCGCACCAGCGCUGCAUGUGCAGAUACAACGCAAAUACUACAAUGCCAGCGGUGAUGAAAUCUACGUGGAAGAUGCAUCUACGGUUUGGAAAUUAUCAAUGGUCUAUCCAGAGGAAUUGGAUACCGUUAAGGAAUCGUGGAAGGCCAACAAUUAUGGCAUAACGCCAGCCGACGAAGAACUGCUGCUGCAAGCCAACUACACACAGUUGAAUUUGCGCUUCAUCGCCAACAUCGACAAGGAAUUCCCACUGCAGCUGUGUAUAGAUGAGUCGCCCAUCUAUAAAAAGGAGGGUGUCAUCUAUGCAGCGAUCGUCUUGUGUGGAUUGUAUAUAAUGAUAAUUUGGGAAAUUGUUAAUCGUACCUUCGCGGCAAUGAUUGCCUCAACGCUGUCAGUUGGCAUACUGGCGGCGCUCAAUUCACGUCCCUCCAUGGCGACGAUAAUGGGUUGGAUUGAUGUGGAAACGCUGCUGCUGCUCUUUGGCAUGAUGAUAUUGGUGGCUAUACUCUCGGAGACUGGCAUCUUCGACUAUUUGGCUGUGUAUGCUUAUAAGAUUACGAACGGACAUAUUUGGCCGCUUAUCAAUUGCCUGUGUCUAUUUACGGCGGUACUCUCCUCAUUUCUGGACAAUGUGACGACGGUGUUGCUGAUGACACCAGUCACUAUACGCCUCUGUGAGGUGAUGUCGCUGAAUCCGGUGCCUAUACUGAUGUGCAUGGUGAUCUAUUCGAAUAUCGGUGGUGCGCUGACGCCCGUAGGCGAUCCGCCGAAUGUGAUAAUUGCUUCGAAUAAUUUCAUUGCAAGAAAUGGUGUCAAUUUUGCCAUUUUCACGCUGCAUAUGCUGCCCGGUGUGAUAUUGGUGAUGAUACAGACCUAUGUGCAAUUACGUUUUAAGUUCCGCAAUACAAACGAUUUACAAUUCAAAGACUCGCCCGAGGUGGAGGAACUGCGUCACGAGAUUCACGUGUGGAAGCGCGCAGCUCAAAGUCUUUCGGCCUAUUCGAAGGACGAGGAAAUUGUACGUCAAACGCUGAUGAAGAAGGUGAAUCGCUUGAAGCAUAGCUUGAAGAAACGUGUCUCGGAGGCUGGCGAACCGGCGCCCAACUACAAACAAACACUGACGCAGCUGCAGGCGAAGUAUCCCAUUCGCAACAAGUCGCUGCUCAUCAAAUGCUCAUUCGCUCUCGUCUUCGUGAUAAGCUUGUUUUUCUUGCACUCAGUGCCCGAAUUACAACGCCUCUCGCUGGGUUGGACUGCUCUCUUGGGUGCCAUAUUUCUGCUCAUCUUAGCCGAUAUUGAGGAUAUGGAAGCAAUAUUGGCGCGUGUCGAGUGGUCUACGUUGCUUUUCUUCGCCGCUCUAUUCAUACUUAUGGAAGCUCUAUCCGAAUUGGGUCUCAUAGAAUGGAUUGGCCAAAUGACAGAAAGCAUUAUUUUGGGCGUGAGCGAAGGUUCUCGCUUAAUGGUGGCGGUUUUAAUUAUACUUUGGGUUUCAGCCAUAACCUCUGCAUUUGUAGACAAUAUUCCACUAACAACGAUGAUGGUGAAAAUCACAAUUUCUUUGGCCGAAAAUUCUGCGUUGAAUUUGCCACUGCAACCACUUGUUUGGGCUCUGGCCUUAGGUGCUUGUUUGGGUGGCAAUGGCACGCUAAUCGGCGCCUCAGCGAAUGUGGUUUGCGCUGGUGUAGCCGAACAGCAUGGCUACAAAUUCACUUUUCUCGAAUUUUUCAAGGUCGGCUUUCCAGUUAUGAUUGGCAGCAUUAUUGUCUCCACUGGAUACCUACUUUUCACACAUUGCCUAUUCGCCUGGCACUGAUCGACACCGCUUGCCUGAAUUGGCAAUUAAUUGCAGUGAGAAUACAAAUACAUACCUCGAAUAAGAAAAGCAUUGCAGGAAUUACAACGUCAAGCGAAAAGAAAAAAAAUCGAGCUUUUAGCAACAACCCGUUAUUUGUAUAUACAUAUAAGAGAUAUGUAUUUAGUACACAUCACCACUAGGAUACGCAUACAAAACAUCCUUAUGAGUAAAUCAAUUGAAACAAAUUUUUCAUUAGAAAUAUUUAAUCUUUGUAUUCUAAAAAUUAACUUAGUGUGAGAAAAAGAAAUUUUCUUGUUGCUGCAAAGCGUCAAGAAAAUUUAUUUUAAAACUUUUAGGGAAAAUUAUUUAAAAAAACAUUUAAGAAAAUUUAACGUUUUGUUUAACGUUUUUUGGUGUAAAAAAUAUUACGAGUAUAAAUAUUAAAUCGUAAAAUUAAUAUCAUUCUAAAUAACAAACGAAGCAUAAAUUUAAGUGUAAAAAGCAACAAAAAAAAUCAUAACUACUAAUAUUGAAUUUAAAAAAGGGCAAACGAACAGAAAUAGAAGAAGAAGCAGAAAAAAAAACAAAAUUAUUUUUACAGCUGUUGUUACUUUAGUCAAUAGUCUAUGGGAAGUAUGUAAAGCAGCAGCGUAGAAGCUGAAGUGAAUGUGAUGCAAAGUAUUUUGGCGCACCGAGCACGUAUAGUCCGUUGGCGUUAGUUUAUGACCAGUAUGUAUAGUAAAGUAGCAAAAUUUUCAUACACGAAUACACUUGUUGAGAAAACAAUAUGAAGCUACUGAAGACUAAAUUACGGAAAAGUGGCCAUUUUGAAGUGCUGUAAAUUUUUUAAUAUUAAUAAAUUAUAUACAUAUUUCUGUUUUGUUUCGUAUUAGUAUUUUUGUUAAUAUUUUUUUUUUUUGGUAUUUUUCUUGCUUAUCUUCAUUUC